CAGGUGCGCGCAUGCGCAAGAGCUCCAUCCGCCGCCCAGCCGCCCACUUGUGGGGGAGGGUAGGAGCGGCCGCAGCGCCUCGCGGUGAGCCCAGGCACCCCCUCCGUCCGGAGGCGGGCGGGGAUGGAGGCGCCUUCUUCCAGCACGGGCCCGCAGCCUCAUCGGAUAGGCCUCUGAGCGCUCUAUCGCCACUCCGAAGGCCGCCGCCGGCGUGAGGGAGGAGGAGGGGCCGCGCGAACAUGGCCGCCGCCUCCAAGUGGGAGCGCCUGAGGCCGCUACGGCCGGACACGCUGCGUCUGAGCGCGACACCAAUGCUCAACUUGAAUUUGGAUGAUGACAUGCCAGUUGUAAAAAAAACUCUGAAGGUCAAAAGGCCUCGAUUUGAUGCAUCCUUGGUUUAUUUGACUCGAAAAUUCAUGGAUCUUGUCAAAAGAGCUCCAGAUGGUGUCCUUGAUUUAAACGACGUAGCAACAGCUCUUGGAGUACAAAAACGAAGAGUGUACGACAUCACCAGUGUGUUGGAUGGGAUCGACUUAAUUCAGAAAAGAUCAAAGAAUCACAUCCAGUGGGUAGGUUCUAAUCUUGACCAAGUUGUUGAAAUGGCAACACAGCGGCAAAACCUUAAAGAUGAACUUUCUGACUUGUCAGCCAUGGAAGAAGCUCUGGAUGAAUUAAUCAAGGAUUGUGCUCAUCAGUUAUUUGAUCUAACAGAUGACAAAGAAAAUGCAAAACUAGCUUAUGUGACGUACCAAGAUAUCCGUAGCAUUCAGGCAUUUCAAAAACAGAUUGUGAUUGCAAUCAAAGCUCCAGAAGAAACCAGAUUGGAAAUACCGAUUCCUAAAGAAGAUUGCAUCAGAGUACAUGUAAAGAGCACAAAAGGACCCAUUGACGUGUAUCUGUGUGACGUGGAACAAGAUAAGCCAGGAGACAAAACUUCUGAAGAUAAGGAAGCUGUCACUUCUGAAACUGAGCCAUCAGUUCCUCCUGGUGAAGAGUGAGAGGAACUACAACUCAAUCAAACGCAAAAUGUAAAUAUCUGUGUUGUAGAGCUCUUCCAAAGUUGUUUGGAACUGCAAACUUGCCAACCUGAAAUGCUCCAGAGUAUUUUAAAUUCAAAACAGCAGCGGAUGGAGUGCUUUCACAGGAAUGUUUAAUCUUCCCAAGUCAGAAGACAAUGGCUCCUAGAUUUGAGAUUAGGAGCUUUGAUUUUAUAAUUGCAUAUGGGAAAACGGUGGUUUUAGUUCAUGAAAUAAUUUUAAUUGAUGGAAAACGCAUUCAGUAAAUGAAUUUGAAAAAUGAGGGUUUGAGAACUGUUUCUGGAACAACCUGUAAACCUUCUGAAAAUGUAUAUAAUAAAGAAAAUGCACUUUUCAGUUCUGAGGCUGCACUACUAUGGAAAAGGGUGAUUAAAUACAAAUGAAGAAAGAACUGAUGUAUCAGAAGCCUUCGUUAUGAGGAACAAGAUGUAAAUAUUAAUAGAAUUAUGCCUUCCACUGUGUAGAUACUGUUUGCAUUAUUUGCAUCCAGUUCUGCAUUAAAUAUGGUAUCAACACUGAAGUUAAUUAAUGGCUUUUUGUAUAUCUGUACCAUGUCUGAGUAGUUACUGAUGUAGGUUUAUUGAGAUGGUUUACAUUUCUGCCUCUGUACAGCAACGAAAUAAACUUCAUAAAAGCUUUA